ACACUAGAUCAGAUCCUCCUUUGCAUCAGCCUAUAGAUACAGCGGAUUCUUCUAAUGGCAUCACUUUAUCAGAUUAUUGGUGUUUUCUUGGGUUUGGUAGCACCUAGUUACUCGCUCUCUUGUACACAGUGCUUUUCUCCAUCAAACUCGUGUACCGGCCCCAGUGUGACUUGUCCUUCUGGCUCUGUGUGCGGAGCUGCAUACACAGAAAGCUGGGCUCUGGGUAUCCUUGUUUCAAGAUCAUACAUAAAGUCAUGUGUGCCUCAGGAUGAGUGUGACAAGACAGGAAGUAUGACCAUUCCUAGCAAUGGAAGAGUGAAGUUGGGUACAUCGUGUUGUGGAACUGAUCUUUGCACUCCGACUCUUCCUUCCCUGCCAGGGGACAGCUCAGUAUCCAAUGGACUGACGUGCCGAUCCUGUAUAUCCGCUGACUCCACCUGGUGUUACACUUCAGAUACGAUGCAGUGUACGGGGAAUGAGAACAUGUGUUUUCUCCAGACCACAAAAAUAUCAGGAACAACAUCAUCUUCAAUAGCAAUGCGUGGUUGUGCCACAAAAAGUAUCUGCGAUCUUGGCAGCCAAUCUAGUAGUGUGGCAGGACUAAAGACAGAAGUUAAAUUCAUCUGUACUAAUGGAAGUACGGGUCUCCAAAAAGGCUUCUACCUCCCGGCUGUGAUUUGUGUUUUCUUUUUAAAGUUAUUGAUCUGAAAUGCCUAAAAAAUGGCUUUUAGACUAGAUUAAAAAAAAGGAAGAUUUACAGUGCAAACAGUGUUUUUUUUUUUUUUUCAAUCAGUAGUAGAGAAUAAAAAAGAAUAAAAAAAAAUAGUUUUUUUUUAUAACCACAAUCCAUAAUGUUUUGCUGAGCACAGUAUAAAUGGAAACUAUAGA